AGCCCUUCCUCCCUCCCGGAGUCCUCGUGUCGUGCUUCUCCCGGUAGCGCCUCACUGCUGGGUAUAAAGAGGUUGUCUGUGCUGCUGGUGGACUGCAGGAAAACAACGGGGCUGAGUGGAACUGUGAGAGGAGGAGGAGAGAAGAAAGGAUCAGAUUUGACACAUCAAAGAGGAAAACCAAACUUCGAGGAACCAAAGAUGUCCAAACCAGCAAGACGACACCUCUGCUCCCAAUGUGGAAAGAGUUUUAACCAGUUAGGAAGCCUGAAAGCUCAUGAGCGAAUACACACAGGGGAGUUGCCUUACCACUGCUCCCAGUGUGGAACUAGGUUUACCAAAUUAGGAAGCCUGAAAAGACAUGAGAGGAUACACACAGGAGCGAAGCCACACCAUUGCGCCCAGUGUGGAAAGAGUUUUAACAAGUUAGGAAACAUGAAAUCUCAUGAGCGAAUACACACAGGGGAGAAGCCUUACCGCUGCUCCCACUGCGGAAAGCGUUUUAACCAUUCAGAAAAGCUGAAAGAACACAUGAGACUGCACACAGGGGAGAACCCUUGCAAAUGCUCAGACUGUGGGAAGACAUAUUACUCAUCACGGUCACUUAAACGUCAUGUGAGAAUCCACACGGGAGAAUAAUUACUUCUCCUCGUGUGUAAAUUCAUGUUUCACAUCACAUUGACUUAAAAUUCAUUAGAGAACAUACACAGUGCUCCAAUUUAUAUUGUUGACUGAGAAUGUGUUUACUUGUUUUUACCAUAUUGAAUUGUACAAAGUAGUCUUAAACAUAUAUUUGUAUGUUUUUACGAGAAAACAUGAAGUGAAUAUGGAGUCUGUCAGUUUGAAUAUAGAGUAGAUCAGAUUCCAUGUGUUUAAAUGGUCCUUUUUUAAACUCUGACUGUGUGUG